AUGGCUUUGACGUCGAUGAUUACCCGGGUCUUUGAGAAACCCUGGGUCACAAAGGCGAUGACGCCGAUUGCCAACUGGUACUGCAAUGCCGCUGGAUACAGGAAGUUGGGCCUAAGGUGCGUUAUAUUAGCCAUUGACGUGGAUGGGGGAUAUGAUGAUUUGAUUCCAGAGGACAAUGACACUGUUCAGUUGGCGUUGAAGAGACUUCCCCCCAAGGAAGCCUAUGACCGCAUGUACCGCAUCCGCCGAGCCGUCCAGUGCUCUGUGGAACACCAGCUUCUGCCAGAGAAGGACCACACCAAGCCAGAAGAUGAUGUCCGAUACCUCUCCCCCAUCAUCGAGGCCAUCAAGCGUGAGAAUGCCGAGCGUGUCGAACUCGACUCCCUCAUCAUCAAGCGAUGA